AUGGCUGUUGAAACAACAACACUCUCCAAUGGUGCCAGUAUGCCCCUGCUGGGCCUUGGAACAUGGCAGGCCAAGGACGAACACGAGCUAACAAUUUCGCUAAAAACUGCUCUUGACCAUGGAUAUCGAUUGAUAGAUACUGCGUUCUUAUAUCAAAACGAAGCGAUCAUCGGCAGAGUGUUGAAUGAAUAUAUCUCCAGCGGCAAAAUUAAGCGAGAAGAUCUCUUCAUUACCACAAAGUUACCGUUCACUGCACAUGCUGCAGAUGAUGUAGCGAAAUGUGUGGAGAUACAGCUUCAAGCGCUUCAGCUAAAAUACAUCGACCUCUAUCUCAUCCACUGUCCCUGCCCAUUCGAGCGCAAGAGCGAUAGCUUUCUACCAAGCAUUGUCAACGGCGCAUUCGUACCGACUACAGUGGAGCACAUGGAGACAUGGCGAGCCCUGGAGAAACUCCAUAGCGAAGGAAAGCUCAAGGUAGAGCAGUUGAUGGCACUCUUAAAAGAAUGCUUGAGCUGCUCAAUCUUCAAAUGGUCUGGAAAGUACUGCGCUCAAAUAAGAGGGUUGACAAUGGGUCAACGACGGGCACGAAGUCUUGUCAUUGCGCUUAUGUCUAAGGUGGAAGCACCGGAGGCCGAUCUCGGGCCGCUACUAUACUGUAGAUAUAUAGAUAACUGUUUUGUGCUUUGCUCAACACAAGAGGAAAUGGACAAUCGAGAUUUGAGAUUAAUUUGCCCUAAUGGUAGAGACGAUGAUUGCAUGAGCUCGGGUACAGUUUAUCUGAUCUCCUGUGAGACGUGA